AUGCCACUACAUCUUCUAGGCAAGAAGUCGUGGAACGUCUACAAUGCCGACAACAUCGCCCGCGUUCGUCGCGAUGAGGCUGCCGCGAAGGCCAUCGAAGAAGGGGAAGAACAGCGCAUGCAGGAAAUUGAUGCGCAACGUCGAUUAGCCAUUCUACGCGGCGAAGAGCCUCCUCCUAUUGAAGAACCCGAAUCGCCCAAACCAAACGAGACAACCAUUGGUGAUCGCGAUGCUUCGCAUAAAGGCACGCGACGAAAGCGAAAGCGACCAGGCGAGGAUGACACCGACUUCGAAUUGCGAAUAGCCAGAGAGAAUGACAACUCAGCCCUGGUGAACGUCGAACCUGAGCGCAAGAGUACAAGUUCUGCGCCUAUAGUGGACCACAAUGGACACAUUGAUUUGCUCGGCGAUGAGAAGUCAAGGGCACAUGCAGAGAAGAAUGACGAGGCCGAGAAAGAGGCGAAGAAAAAGAAGCAGAGCUAUGAAGACCAAUAUAUGAUGCGCUUCUCGAGCGCCGCAGGGAAAGAUGGUGUUCUGCGACCAUGGUAUUCGCAAGCUGAUGCUGCGGCGCCUGAUGCUUCGUCAAAGGACGUAUGGGGCAAUCAAGACCCGAACCGUAAAGACCGGGAUGCUAAACGCAUAUCAUCCAACGAUCCUCUUGCCAUGAUGAAGCAGGGAGCUUCCAAGGUUCGUGAGCUUAAACAGGACAGGAAGCGCUUCCAAGAGGAAAGAGAACAGGAGUUGAAGAACAUGCGUCGCGAAGAGCGACAUCGCGAAAAGAAACGGCGACGACAUGAAGGUAGGGACAGAAGUAGAGAUCGACAUAGAAGUAGGGACCGUAGUCGUGACCGGGAGAGAUCAUCGGAUCGCCAUGAGCGAAGACAACGGUCCAAAGAGCGAAGGCAUGAUCGUGACCGACAACGUGAUUCAUCGAGUGGAAGACGUGAACGUCAUGAAAGAGAAAGGUCCCGGCAUGAGAGAAGGCGCCAUGACGAGGACGAACCACGAAGAGAGAGGAUCAGGAGGGAUGACAAAUAUCGCGAGAAACAAGAUCUGCGAUCUGGAGAAAGAGGGGAUAAAGAACGACAGAGUCGACAUGAACUAUGA